AUGUUGGUGUCGUCCAUCGCAGAUCACAUGAAGUGUCCUCGAACUCGACCAGCCCAGCUACCGAACCCCGACUUCCAGCCUCCGUAUCCGAGCUUCAGCAUCCGCUUCCCCGAGAAUGUCUCCCAGCUUGUCAUGGCCGUCAUAGGGGCCCAGCACAAAUCAGCUUCUGACGCCGCCGACGGCGCUUCUCGCGCCACUCUUACGACUUUCUUAACAUCCCGAGCGAGCACGACCCUUCCCUCCUUCUUUGAAUGGGCCUCGGUAACCGACAACAAGGGCUUCUACAACAUCAUUGCCCUGGGGUAUUGGCCCAGCAAAGCCGCAUACGAGUCAUGGGCCAAGGAGUCAGGCUUCAAGGCGUGGUGGCAGGCUCUCGGCCCUGACAGCCCCAACGGCUGGUUCCUCGAGGCCUUCUUCCCAACGACCGACCGCUUCGAGACACUCUUCAACACCGACACCGCCCGCGAAGGUUCCGCUCACAUGGGUCAGUGCAUGAGCGAAGCUGUCAAGGAGCAUGGAUAUUGGGGGAGCAUGCGCGACAGGAUCCCUCUCUCGCAGACCGAUGGCCUAGAGGGAGUGAAGGCCGUGCCAGAUGGAUAUAGGUCACCCCCUGAGGACGUCACCCCUACCGGCAGAGUGAUCAUCCCAGGCAGGAAGAACCUCGCCGUCAUCCGCUCGGGCCAGGACUGGCUUGACACUACCCCCGAAGAGCGAACUCUCUACCUCGAUACCAUGCAUCCCGUCUUGACAAAAGGGAUGGACUUCCUACGUGACCACGGCGACGAGGUCGGUUGCUACAGCUGUCGCUUCAUUGAGGUCGUUGAUCCAAAGACAGCCAAGCCGGACGGCAUCGAUCGUACCUUUGGACUGGCGUACUUCAAUGAGCUUGCUUCCCUGGAGAAGUGGUGCAAGGAGCAUCCAACGCAUUUGGCCAUCUUUGGGGGGUUUUUCCAGUAUGCGAAGAAGCUGGGGAAUAAUGUCACGCUGAGGGUGUUUCAUGAGGUUAUGGUGUUGCAGCCUGAGCAGCAGUACUUUGAGUACGUGGGGUGCCAUCCUAGGACGGGCAUGUUGGUAACGAUCUGCUAG